AUGAAGACACAGAACAGGUCACAGGAAAUUGUGUGUGAUGGUAGUAUCAGAUGUGUCGACCAGAAGUUCCGCCGCUGCCCUCCACUGCCCACCACCAGCGUCAUCAUCGUGUUUCACAACGAGGCCUGGUCCACGCUGCUGCGGACCGUGUACAGUGUGCUGCACACCGCCCCUGCCAUCCUGCUGAAGGAGAUCAUACUGGUGGAUGACGCCAGCACUGACGACUACCUAAAGGAGCAACUGGAGCAGUACGUGAAGAAGCUGCAGGUCGUGAGGGUGGUGCGGCAGGAGGAGCGGAAGGGCUUGAUCACCGCCCGGCUGCUGGGGGCCAGCGUGGCCCAGGCGGAGGUGCUCACCUUCCUGGAUGCCCACUGUGAGUGCUUCCACGGCUGGCUGGAGCCCCUCCUGGCUCGCAUUGCUGAGGAAGAAACGGCGGUGGUAAGCCCAGACAUCGUCACCAUCGACCUGAACACUUUUGAGUUCUCCAAGCCCGUCCAGAGGGGCAGAGUCCACAGCCGUGGCAACUUUGACUGGAGCCUGACCUUUGGCUGGGAGACUCUCCCCGCCCAUGAGAAGCAGAGGCGCAAGGAUGAGACCUACCCCAUCAAAUCCCCGACGUUUGCCGGCGGCCUCUUCUCCAUCUCCAAGUCCUACUUUGAGCACAUCGGUACCUAUGAUAAUCAGAUGGAGAUCUGGGGAGGGGAGAACGUGGAAAUGUCCUUCCGGGUGUGGCAGUGUGGGGGCCAGCUGGAGAUCAUCCCCUGCUCUGUGGUAGGCCACGUGUUCCGUACCAAGAGCCCUCACACCUUCCCCAAGGGCAUCAGUGUCAUUGCUCGCAACCAAGUGCGCCUGGCUGAGGUCUGGAUGGAUGGCUACAAGGAGAUUUUCUAUCGGAGAAAUAUGCAGGCAGCGAAGAUGGCCCAAGAGAAAUCCUUCGGGGACAUUUCGGAACGACUGAAGCUGAAGGAACAACUACACUGUCGCAACUUUUCCUGGUUCCUGAACAACAUCUACCCAGAGAUGUUUGUUCCCGACCUGAAGCCCACCUUCUAUGGAGCUAUCCGGAACCUCGGCAUCAAUCAGUGUCUGGAUGUGGGUGAGAACAACCACGGGGGGAAGCCCCUCAUCAUGUACACCUGCCACGGCCUGGGUGGCAACCAGUACUUUGAGUACACGACCCAGAGGGACCUUCGCCACAACAUCGCAAAGCAGCUGUGUCUACAUGCCAGUGCUGACACUCUGGGCCUGAGGAACUGUCACUUCACUGGCAAAAACAGCCAAGUCCCCAAGGAUGAGGAAUGGGAAUUGACCCAGGACCAGCUAAUCAGGAACUCAGGAUCUGGUACCUGCCUGACGUCUGAGGACAAAAAGCCAGCCAUGGCCUCCUGCAAUCCCAGUGAUCCCCACCAGCACUGGCUCUUCAACUAAGCCUCGAUCACCCCCAUGGGAGUUCCCAUGGGGAACCAAGCCUCUCAGGAAAUAGGAUUUUGGGGAACCUGAUAUUUGAGAACCUGAUUAUCAGCUUCUCUGUAGGCCUUAAAGAUGGAUUUCUAAACCCAGUGGAUAUCAAAGCAGGAUCUUCCUACUUUUGCAACACAGAGCCCAUUUUCCUUCCCCCAUGCUGAUGAAAGAGACCGUUGGAACAUAUGAUACUUGGCCUAGAGCUUGCCUCCUGUCCUUGAAACAGACUUCCAAGCAGAGAAGGCAGCCUGGGUAGGGCCCAAGGCAGCAAUGCUGAAUUCAAGAAAAGUCCUU